AAAAAAAGAAAAAGCGGCCCAUCGUUUUAUGACUCAAAUAAACACCUGUUGGUUCCGGCGAUAUUUUCCUGGUCGGAGUUAGGAAAUGUGGAUGCGGAGAAAAACAGAAGUUGGUUCGCAGGCGUCUGAGGCCUACUUUGGAGUGGCGUGGCCAGAAGUUAAUGAUGGAUUAACCUACCAUGACAUUGUCCGACCCACCGAUUCUGGUCUUACACUGAUCGAAUUCUACUUCAGCAAGUACAAAAAUUCAGCUCCUUUACAAGGUUGGUUGCAGAGAAUUCAAAAUAAACAGAUCACAAUUGAUGGUAAAGUUGUUACGUUACCAGAUACUGAACUCAGAGCAGGUGCUAAACUAGUUUAUCAUCGCCUUCCUUGGAGAGAACCUGAUGCACCUUACUUGCUACAAGUACUAUUUGAAGAUGACUACUUGAUUGCUGUAAAUAAACCUUCUGGUUUGCAAGUUCUUCCUGGAGGGUUAUACCAGCAGCGGACUGUCUUGACACAACUCCAGUGGCAUGCGUGCAAGCUGACAGCCACUUCAUCAGGUUGUCAAAAAACACAUCCAGUCCCAGUUCAUCGCCUAGGAAGGGGUACAUCGGGAAUACUGCUCUGUGCAAAAACAAAGCUUGGUAAAUCUCGCCUUGCAGCAUAUUUUGCCGAGGGGACGGCAGUUGUUGGAGACAAACACACCAACUCAGAGUGCAAUACAAUGAGGAAGAUUUGCAAGAUAUAUCGGGCCCUAGUAAGUGGUGUGAUGGAUAUGGAUGAGGUUGUCAUCAAGCAACCAAUUGGUACAAUUAAAUAUUCUGGAGUUGCUAAAGGCUUGUAUGUUGCUUCUCCUUCAGGGAAGCCAGCUCUGAGCAGUGUUCGCGUUCUUGAAAGAGAUUCGGAAAAUAACUGCACAUUGGUUCAGGUUGAAAUUCAAUCUGGAAGGCCACACCAAAUCCGCAUCCACCUCUCUUUCAUUGGGCUUCCACUUAUUGGUGAUCCUCUCUAUGUAUCUGGUGGGCAACCAAAGUGCUUUCAUCCUGUAAUGAGUGAAAGUUUUGAGAAAGAUGGUGGCUAUCGAAGGCCUGAGAAUCCUGUUCCUGGAGACUCCGGAUAUAACCUGCAUGCACAUCAAAUAGUUCUUAUUCACCCGAUAAUAAAUGAGUUUAACAUCCCUGAAUCAGAGGAGUAUUUUACUGAGAUGCUUGUUUUGAUGGAACAGUGUUGCUACAGUGUAAACUCUUAUCAAAAUCACAGCACCUCUUCCAGCUAUCCUUCAAACACGAGAAGAACGCAGGGCGAACCAGCCAAACUACAGCUAGAAGUACAUUUAGUGCCCCUACUUGUGCCAUUAGCUUGGUAGUGAAGCUUACACUACCUCCUGGACGGCUGAUUUCCGAUUAACUUUCGUGUAAUUUGUGUUUUCGAUUUCUUGAUCAAAAGAUUUUUGGAAAAAAGAAGAGAUGGAGAUUUUUAUAUCUAAACAAGAACGGAAACAAUUUUAGUGCGAUC